GAAUGAAACUUGACGAUGGCCCGUCUUGUUUAUCCAGGGAGUCACUUUCAGGUCGGCUUUUUGAUUCAUCUCCUUUUAGAUUUAAUCAGCACUAAGGUACGCUGUGGUUUGUCCCUAAGAGCCAUCGCUAAUGGGCUUACUGAAUGCUUUUCUCUGUGCCCCCCCUCCUUCUUCCCAACUCUAAUUAGCCUACCUGCCUUUCAACAAAGAUUUGGCUUUAUCCAGGCAAGUCUCCCCGACCAAAUUGGAGAGGAUUACAUUUGAAAGAGCCCACAUUAAUUUCGUGGGUGAAACAAAUGCCUGCAUUUCAUUAGAUUAGAACACUUAACAUCAUUACCGGAGGCCUGUGGUACAUGAGGGCUACGCAGCAGACAUCGGGUUCGCAGUCUUCCUUACUCAGGUCAAAGGAAUAGGAGCAUCAGGUGUUGGUAAACACAUGGCGAACUGGCUCUCAUGUGAGUUUGAAGCAAUUUCUGCUUUCAGCCUAGGCGCACACAUUCCUUUGUGUUUUGUAAUAACCACCAUCUCUGUGCAGCUUUUCAAACUCCAACAGAGUGAAGAAUUAUGUGGUGAACUUUUGUGCUAUUUAGAAACAGCUCAACAAAAGGCCAGCACUGCGUAAUUGUUCUUGUAGCCCCCAGUAUCAUCAGCUUACAGACAUUCAUUACGGGAGGGCGAAUGGAGCAAUAAGACCGAGAUCAAGGGACAAUGGUGAAUCCUGGAGGCAGCAGCCAGCCACCACCGGUGGGCACAGGUUCUCUGUCCUGGAAGCGGUGUGCCGGCUGCGGGGGCAAAAUCGCUGAUCGUUUCCUCCUUUACACCAUGGACAGCUACUGGCACAGCCGAUGCCUCAAGUGCUCCUGCUGCCAGGCCCAGCUGGGUGAAAUCGGCACGUCGUGCUACACAAAAAGCGGCAUGAUCCUCUGUAGAAACGACUAUAUCAGAUUAUUUGGAAACAGCGGAGCUUGCAGCGCCUGUGGUCAGUCUAUUCCAGCCAGCGAACUCGUGAUGAGGGCACAGGGCAACGUGUACCAUCUCAAGUGUUUCACAUGUUCCACCUGCCGGAACCGACUGGUCCCCGGGGACCGGUUCCACUACAUCAAUGGCAGCCUGUUCUGCGAACACGACAGACCCACAGCGCUCAUGAACGGCCAUUUGAGUUCACUGCAGACGAACCCGCUACUGCCCGACCAGAAGGUGUGUUAGGCGGGAGCCGCGCAGGAAGCAGGAUGUGUGCCUUCAUUUUAGCCCUUACUCAUUGUCACCCGAGACAGCGUGGAUCAGCAGCACCCCGGCCUUUUUUAGCUGUGCUCCCAGGCCCUUCUUCCCCAAAGGAAUCCUCUACCCAUCUUACCAGUAACCUGACUUUUUAUUUCUGCAACCCAUACCCAACGCUCAGCCUUCAAACCUUGGCUUUUCCCCAAAUAUGGGUGGAUACUUGCACUUACCGCACCUGACUACGGAUGCUGAGGACUCUGUGACCUUGGGAUAAAAAUGUAAAAAAAAAAAAAAAAAAAAAAAAAAAAAGGAGAGAGAGAGAGCGCGAAGGAUGGAGAGACUGAUCAGAAUCCGAUGGGACUCUUCGGGAAGAGAAAAUGAAAUAACGGAUGUUAUGAAAAAGACUAAUGAGGUUUAAGAGAUGCAGGUUUUUCCAACUCUGCACAUUUGUUUAAAGACGUUUCGGGGUGAAAAACCGGGACCGUUUCAUUUUUUUUUUUUUUUUCCUCUCUUCCUUUUCUAUCCUCAUUUCCCAGCAACAUGGUGUUUCCACUUUCUAUAUUUUACGUGUUGUCAAAGGGGAAUGUGUUUGUUUGUUUAUUUUAUUUUUUUUCUUUCCUUUCUGGUGGUAUAUAUAUAAAUAUAUAAAAAAGACGGGGUUUAAAAAAAAAAAAUUCUGUGGCAUUUUGUGGAAAAACAAAUCAUGAACACUCUCUUGGUGUAUUUGUAAAACUACCAUGUAUGUACAGUAUGCAUGUAAAUGUCGUUGUCCAGGCGUGGCUACAGUACAUCUGACCCCUCCGCACUCAGCUCCUCCCUUUGGAACCCAUGGCAAGCUGAAGAAAUUUGCUCAUAGUCAGUAAUGUAGAGAUCAUCACCAACAUAUAAAUGCUGAAUGAGAGAGAAAUUUAUUUGUGAUAUUUUCCGAGACAUUUGCUCCAGUAUGGUGUAUUUAAUUAAUAAAAAUAUUGAAGAUUUGAAA